UUCACACGCAGCUUCUCCUCGUCCCCCGCCAGCCAGCUGGCGCGCAUGACGGUCGUCGGCCGUCUCGGUGUUGCGCCCGAGGAGGUGACCAUCAGCGGCGACAGGACAUUGGUGCGAUACGUGAUCGGAAGCUCAUUCGGUAAGGGCGAGGAGAAGAAGACGAGCUGGUUCAGGGUUGCGAGUUUCGUGCAGGGCGCACAGAAGGACUUUCUCAUGAACGUGCCUAAGGGAUCCCUCCUCUACGUCGACGCCGACGCGCGCAUGGAGGUCUUCACCGACGCCGAGGGCAACAAGCGCUCCAACCUGAGCUUGGUCGCGAGGAACUUCGAUGUUCUGAGCCGCGCCCGCACCGAAGAGGGCGCUGAGACUAACGACGAGGGUCUCGUCCAGGAAGCGUCCGGUUAAGCAGUCAUCUCUGCUGAGAUGUGUAUGAUUUGCCGCUAUACCUUGUAAUGAAGACUGCACCUAUGCGACUUGGAGGAAGAAUGCGACUUGCGAGGCUUUGGCCCGAGGAAGCUGUCGUUUCUGGUUGCAACUGUACGAGACGAGGAGUGUAUACCACAGGAGGUUCUUAUGUACGAUCCAUGCUCUUGUAGAAUGUGAAUGGAGGCGUUCUGCUCAGAACCUGAUCUUUACUGCAUGCUCAAUUAGCAAGCUUUUCAACAGGCC